AUGGACGAGGCAACGGCAGGCUUUCAGAAGUUGAGUCUGGGUAGACGGUACGUUGGGUUUGCGGAUGAUUCGGUUAACGAACCAAUCAAGCCGUACCCGACGGACACUCCUCGCUAUCUGUUCCGCAUCUUCUCAGCAAAGUCUGCAGGAGAGAACAAUAGUCAGUGGGUAAAGUCAGAGGACGCCAGAGAUGGCCACUUCACAGAUAUAUUUACUCGAGACGAUCAGGAUAAUGUCGCUAUAGCGCUGAACGAACAUCUGCGAUGGAUGUCACACAAGUCACGAGGAGACCCCUUUACGUCCUGGACAACUUCGCUGGUUUUUGCGCUGCAACACGCCAUAUACAAGCGGAACACCGAAAGUACGGGCUUGGAAGAGAUCCAUCUUUGCAUCAUCGACACUACCAAGUAUCCAAAUGGAACAUUCAGGCAGGACCUUGACCUCAUAAGUGCCUUUCAAGACAAAGUUAACGACGAACAUCCAACACUGUGCCAUCCUCAACGGACAAACUGGGGAACUAGAGGUCUUGGCAACCUAUACGCUCUGCGGCACAAAAUGCACAAGACCUGGUCAGGGUACUUCUACUUUGGCGAGUACCUGUCGCAGGGACAAGUUGACCUCAAGGGUCGUUGUUACAUCGUAUCAUGUGACAGGGUUAUCAACCAUCACCUGUUCCAACUGAUGCCAGGAUUUAAAGCCAACUAUCUAGACGAGGGCGACCCUGAAUGGGCCAAUGCGGUGGUGAGACUCCGCGAGCCGUUCUACGCAGACUAUCAACCUGGGGCCACCGAACCCGCCGAUCUUCAGGCAGCAGAGACGAUAUCCUGCCAAUUUGAAGCUCCAUGGCGCCUCCCAAUGUUGCUCAACCUUCUGGCAUUGCGUCCUUGUCGAGCUGAUGAUCCUGCCAUAAUCUCUCAUGUAUCAAGGAUAAUUCAUAAUGACAACGCGCACCGCGCCUCGCUCAAGGCAAGAGUGGUUGCCAAUGACAGUAUACCCGAGGUCCAGCUGUUUAGCAAGAUCGUGAAUGCUAUCAACAAGAGCGAGGAGGUCAGGUGGGUCGAGGACAUUCAGAGACAGAUCAACACGCCCGAGGUCGCCGCGCAGAGCGUCAAUAGGAACAGCGACCCCCAACAUAUCGACAUCACUACGAUCAAGUUCGAUUCCAAGCAGCUGGAUGCGCUGAAGGCUAUCGAGAGGAGGCUGGAUGAAAUAGUCGUGUCGAUCAGGGGCAGUGAGAAGCAAGUGGACGAGCUGUGCGACAGGCUUCAGACCGUUGUGGGCAGGCACUCAGUAGACGAUGAUGAGUUGACCGAGAUAACCGGCAUCGUCAAGGAAAGGUUCAACGCAGAGAUUGUUCGGUUUGAGGAGGCCUCUGCGCUUAAGAAUGCCGUGCCUGUGGUGGUCUUGGGAGGUGCGGGCGUGUUCGAGGGGGAGGUUUGA